CUAAUCGAUCAAUUUGACGUAUCAAUUCGAUCGUAAAGCCAUUAAGAGUUUGAUCGCUCAUCGAAAAACGUUUAUGUUCAUUUAAUCCACGCCCGAGUCAACUUUAAUUACUGUUAUUUUUAUUAUUACAUUUUUGUAAUUAUAAUUAUUUGCAAAAAAUGGAACCAGGACAAUUGAGCAAAGACCAAAAGAAACAACUUCAAACGGCUUUCGAUGCAUUCGAUAAAGAAAAAAAAGGAAUUAUCGCGACUGCUGAUAUUAGUAUAAUAAUAGGCAUGAUGGGAAUUGAAACGGAAACUCCGGCGGAUUUAGACAACGCGAUUGCGGAAGUUGACACCUUUGGAGCCGGAGAAGUUAGAUUUGAGGAUUUUUGUACGAUAGUAUCGAGAUUUAUGGAAGAGGACGUCGAUGUCGAGGCACUUAAAUCAGAGCUCAAAGAAGCAUUUCGGCUCUACGAUCGUGAAGGAAACGGUUAUAUUACUACUGAGUGUUUCAGAGAAAUUCUCAGUGAAAUUGAUGAGAAUUUAAAUGAUGACGAGUUGGAUAUGAUGAUCGAAGAAAUUGAUGCCGAUGGUUCCGGGACUUUGGAUUUUGAAGAAUUCGUGGAGGCAAUGACGCACUGAUUGUCCCUGGACUGGAGAAAUUGUAACAACUCAUUAAUUAUCAUCGUAUAAUAUAACCUAUACACCACAUAAAUAUAAAUUUAAAUAUCUAUAUAUAUUAUAUCACUUCUGUAUUUGUAAUAAAAAUAAACAAAUAAAAAACUAAAAAUUGAUGAAUGAUAAACCAGCGCAAUAAAUUCAAAGCAUUCGAUUAUAAGUUA